GAUGACAAGUAAUAAAAUAUUAAGUAAAUCAUGGAAUUAGAUUCAACACUGACGGCAAAUCGAUAAUAAUAUUAUGACUGUAAUUAUAGUAAAUAUAAAUUACUACACCAAGCAAUUCAAAGCGGCUUCGGCAAUUACUAAUAGGAUGUAAACAAAUUGUAGGAGUUCUAGUAGAUAACUCGUCACCAUGGGAUCAAAAGACAAGAUCUGGACAAUAUCUGAGCUGACCAAAUUUGCUCAGAAGUUUCAAAAAGUAUAUGCUUUAUGCAACAUUUCUUGGUUUCACAGAGGCAGGCCUCCUCUAGAAAACAGGCACAAUAUGGCGCUGAAAGAGCUGGCUUGCUUGCUGGGUGAGCCCACUGAUGCGCGUUACAUGGAGCAGCGCGUCUACGACUUCAUCGGCAAUAUGCUGCACCUGAUGCGCGACGUGGCGCGCGAGGAGACGCCUUGGGAGUCGCUGCCGCCCGUCUUAAAACGUCUCGGCACACGCCUCAAUUUCAUCGAUGUGGCGUCGGUGAUGGAGACGGGCGAGUGUCGGGCCGACGGCGCCGUCAACCCUGCCAAGAUGAAGAGCUUCGCGACGAGGCUCGUGAAGGCGGUCCAGAAAGCCGUAGCCGAGCGUGCGAAAUCGCAGAUACAUCGGGUGCUGCCGCCGCGUGAGUGGGACACGGCCCGCUUCUUAAAGAGUAUCGCCGCCGUCGAGGUCUUCGCCCGCGAGACGUCGGCAGACGUGGGCGCCCUGCUGCAGGUCUGGCUACGCAUGUACGAGGAGACGCGUCGCGAGCUGUGCCGAGGGGGCCGCGAGCCGUCGCUGUCUCUGCCCGAGUGGCGACUGGCCGACCUGCUGCUGCUGCACGAGCCCGCGCUGCCGCUCCUCGUACGUGACGGCGAGCGGGUGUGUCCGGAGCGAUCGCUGCGCUUCCUCGUGCGACUCGUGGGAGCCGGCACGACGAGGCUGGCGCGGCGCGAAGACGACGACCCGGUCUUCGGCACUCCUCUUCCGCCGCCGAAUCUCCCCGAGGACGCGCUCGAGUACGGCGACUGGGUCCGCUCCGUGUGGACGGCCGUCCAUAUAGCCUACUGCAAAAAGGAGCGCCCGGUGUCGAGCGUGCUGCUGCAGCGGCGUUGGCACGAGCUGCGGCUGCUGGCUCGCGAGGACCGCGCGGUGUCGUCGCCGCUGGCGCCGCUGCUGAGGCGGUUUCCCGGCACGGAGAGUGUGGCUCCCCCCUCUUGGCCUAGUCUAGUGGAGCGGGGACUGGUCGUCGACCUCACGGCGUUGGGAUGCCAGAACCCCGACCUGCUGUGUCUGCUCGACGAUAUCGAACACACCUUCGAGUCUGAGUCGUCGGAGAUCGCUUCGGAGGCGAUCCCGCAGAGAGACAUCGUGCGUCAGCUCCAGGCCAUGGACCCCAGUCGGGCCGAGGUGUCCAUCGUCUUCGACCCUCACUCCGACUCCGAGCCCGAAGACAGCCCCGCCCCUCCAGCGGUCCCCGCCGACAAGGAUGACUCACUGAGCUUUAUCAUCAGGCAAGCCCUCAACUGUCGUUCCGUCGUGCGACUGCAGACACCGCGGCUGCGGGAGCUCACCGAUGACAUCCUCAAAAAGAACUCCGUGCUCGCCGACGAGCAGACCGACUCGGACGAGGAAAGCCCUCUGGUCAUCGACGAGGCCAAACCCGAAGUAGAGAGCGUGACGAGGAAGCGAACGCUGAGCGACGGCGCGCGGGCCGCCUCCGAGGCUCCCGCCGACGACUUCGAGGCGAAGGAGGAGCCCGGUGCGUCUAAGAGAGUGAAACGAGAGAAGAACGAGGAGGAGUCGCCCGGACUCAGUGAAAAGUUCGCGAUGGAGGUGCGCGUGGUGCUCGAGAGGGUGGUCGAGACUGCCGAUCGGACCCUUCGGGGCCUCUCGCCGGCCGAGCUGUCGCGGCGCCACGGGGUCGAGGGACAGGGGGCAGAGUGGUGGGCCCGAAAUCUUCCUCUGGCCGAGAAGUGCCGCCCUCUGCGGGUGACGCUGACCCGUCUUCGUCGCCGACCGGCGCCCCGCGUCGCGCUGCCCGACAUCGACGAGAUCCGAGAGAUCAACAGGAGCAUGCUCGUCGCCGAGGUCGCCCCCACCCUCGUCCGUUCCCCGGACGCCGUCUCCGCCGAGACCCUGGACGUCGACGACGAGCGGCCGGAGAGCAGAAGGUUCCAGUACCUCUACGAGGACAUGCUGAGGAUGAUGGCUCGCAACGCCAAGACAUAUUUGCCGGCGACGCGAACCACUGCGCCGACGGACGCGAUAGCGGCGUUCGACCCCGGCCUGAAGGCCGUCGACGAGACGUCGCAGCUGAGCGACCUCGAGAAGUGGGAGAGGGAGAAGCGCGUCGGCCUGCAGUACUUCAGCCUGCCUCACCUGCUCGACCCCGAGCCCCGGCGGAGGGCCGAACUUCGGCGGCGGUCGGCCCCCGACCCGACGCCGCCGCGGUCGGCGGCCCGCGUCGUCUCGGAGUCCGAUUCCGAUUCCCGAGAGGAGACGCCGAGUCCGCGGGCCGACGAGAGACCGGCCGGCAUUUUGGACGACGAGCUGAGGGACCUCAGGCGGACGGAGAAGGCCGACACUACGGCGGCCGGCGUCCGGCCGAGGGGCUCCUGCGCCACCGGCUCCUUCGCUUCCGGCCUCGUCGCUCCCGGCCCGGUCCGGUCAGAAGGCGGACUCGACGUCCACAGACCGGUGCAACCGAACGCGGGAAGCCGCAGUGAGCGUGAUCCCGUGAUCACGUGCGGAAGUCACUCGAUAAGACUCAUAGAAGACACGCGGCACGCGGCCGCCGAGAGGAAGAGGCAGAUGAAACAGUCGGAACGAGAGAAGCGCAUCAAGGUCAAGUUUACCAGCAUCCUGAACGAAAUGGCCGAGGAGAGGAGGCGAGACGGAGGCGCCGACACGCCGUCCUUCGCAGAAAGAUUCGCGGGUGCCUCGUGCUACUUCAAACUGCCGGUGGAGCGCAGCUUGACGGCGGCCGAGUACGCGGCGGCCGGCGGCGGAGGGACGGCGCUGAUGCGGGCGGACCUCGAGAGGCCCCUCUGGCUGGUGUCUCGAGAGUUCGUGAUGCUGACCAGGACGCCGCUGACCUUCGGCCGGCCCUCGUACUGGGGCACGCCGCCGGCGACGUCGCGCGUGACGCUCACGCGCGUUCUCUUUCCGGACGAGGACGACCGCCGAGACUCCGUCGUCGUGGACCUCACGGACGACACGGAGCCGGCCGACGGGGAGCUCCCGUACAAGACUCUCGUCGACGACCCGCCCCGGCGCGUCAUCGUGUACAACAUGGUGCAGGACGUCGUCACCUUCCGGCGGUUGAGCUCGAGUAGAAGAUCGCUAUUCCUGUUCUCGCUGCAGACCGGCGUCCUCGGCCAUCUCCUGGUGAGCGAGGACGACGCGCCCGCUCCCGAGGCGACGGCCGGCCCCGCCCUUCCUGUCGUGUCUUCCGUGUACGGCGUGUCACCGGUCGGGGCGCUUCCGGGGCCGGCGGCCGUCGGUCCGUCCUCGUGUCCGACGGCGACGACCGGGCUGCGCGAGGUGUCCGUGAGCGUCCCGGCUUACGAGCGAGGCCCCGGCUCGGGCGCCGGCGCGCCGCCCGUCGUGCUGCAGCGGGCGGGUCUGGGGCCGAAAUUGGCGAACGUCCCCGCGCCGCCGGGCCGCGUCCCGGACUCUCUCCGCGACGAGGUGCCGGCCGACGGGGCGUCGCGGCCGCCUCGGAGACCCCGGAGCGUCGGGCCCUCGGUCCCUGCCCGGAAGUCGCGAAGUGCGGCGCCCGAAGCGCCUCCGCCCCGAACCGACGUGUGACGACGGACGCGUUCUUUCUGAGCGAAGAGGAGAUCCGACGCGAAUUUGCUCACGUUUACAAUUGCUGACGUGACUUUCUGAUGAGUCGUGACGAAAGACACGAACGUCUUCAGUGAGACGACAUUGACGUUCUGUUAUUGUGCGACCCUCCGUUUGCGAAAUUCUUAGAUCCCGUAUACUUUUAACAAUGUCAACGUUUGUAGAAUAAAAAAAUACCGCCCUUGGCGUUUAAUUCAUCAGGGUUACUGAAUUGUGAGGGCGGAAUAAGGUUCUGGAGAACGUGAUGUGACGAAUUUAUUAAAAAUCGAUUCUCAUUCAUCGAAGAUUUCAGUGUAUCUACACAAUUGCACAAACUAUGUUUUAUAAUAUUUGAUUAAUUAAUAAGCUAUGUACAUUUGUAUGACAAAAACAAUAAAACAU